AUGUGGAGCCUGACGGAAAACCCGGCAGCGUGGACUCCCACCACUUCGUUUGGUCUGUCCGUUGGCAUGGAAGGUCGUUGGUAUCAGCCAAAGAACCGAGACCAGGAUCCCAACGGGCCCGGAAAGUUCCAGCUCGGCAUGCCCUGCAAACGAGGGUUACGCUUUGGGUUUGCGACACAGACAACUCGUAUUGCACUCGCCUGUAAUGACCAACGGUACAACGAGACAUUCAAGGUUGACAAGAAGUUCCAGGCGAUGGUUGGGUACGACAAGGGCGAAGGCUUCCUCUUCACCUUCGAUACAGCUGAAACACUUCGGUCAAAGUUGUGUGAAGCGAAGAGCAACGUGACAAAUCUCAAGUUCUACAUCGCUGCUGCUGACAUCGGGGCUGAAGAUCACAACAACGUGUGUGGACUCGGAGCAUUGAGCCGGCUGCGCAUGCUGAAGGCUCUCGCGCAUUUUUUUGCGUACAACUACACCUCGAGCGCGCAAAAGUCAGAAUGCCUGCUGGUCAACCCUUAGA